ACGCGUUGUAAAUGAAAUAAGAAGAAAUUUUUUUUACACAAGUUUGACAACACUGGUCAUGAUGGAGACGGUUGAGUUGCCAGAAGAGGCUCCUUUAAGGACACAAUUCACUGUCGAUGAUUUAGAUAUUGAAAUAUUACCGCUUAUUUACGAGAUUAUACGUAGUGUGGAGAAAGAUCCGCAUGAUACUACACAAAAAGCAAAAGAAUCACAAGAUACAAGUCACAAGGUUCUAGAAUUGCAGAAGAAAUUGGAUUCUGUGAGAUCACAGAUUAAAAGAUUACCAGGGAUAGAAUACAGUAAAGAAGAACAGUUACAAAAACUAGAAACAUUGCGUAAACAACUGAGAUUGAAACGUGAACUUUUGUUAAAGUAUCGUAAUUCAUACACAUUUGAAAUACCUAAAGUAUAAAUUUAAAUUUGAAUGAAAUACCUAAAGUAAAAUACUUUAGAUGUGUUUAUUCUCUAUUAUAUAACAGCAGUUAUAUACUUUAUCACCAUGCGUUUCAUAAGAGCUCUUUUCCACUAUUUGUUAAACAAUGAACAACUGAUUAAUAGAUUAGCAGAAUCCAAACCAAUUAGACAAA